AGGGAGUCGGUUUGUCCGCAAUUAUCUCAAGCACCAGAUGCUUCCGAAAGUCUAGCUAUCCAAAUGCACAGUGUCAUUGUAUAUCCAGAGAGGCUCCGCUGAGAGCUCGAAUUAUUUGGCCUCUCACCGGACAUCCCCUGAUUUUCCAAUCACAUUGUGUGUAUUUUGAUGGAUAGCUACAUUGAUCGCACGGCUCUUGGAGAGGGGGAAGCUACACCUUGUGGCUGGUGUCACAUAGCUUGGCCGGCUGGUAGAAGGCAGGUACGAAGGUGUAGAACAUGGAGAAUUUCGCUCUCAUGAACAGGCAAGUGCAAUACAAGUACCUGCCUCAAGGCAACGAACAGGGAGCUUCUCGCCUUACUUCCCAGGGAGAACGCUCUCCUCCUUUCCCUUCUCAUCAUCAACACAUCAAAGAACAUCAAUUAUCAUACCCACAAACACCCACAAUGAAGUCAACUACUUACUCUCUGACCGCCCUCGCUGGCUUGCUGGCCCUCACGCACGCCACGCCUCUUCCGGCCGUCGUCGUCGCCCCGACCGAUCUCGCCCUCAGGCAAUGUGGAAGUCAGUGGUACAACCCCAGCAGUUAUGCCUGCAGAGCUGGAGCCGAUAGUAACGCCCUCUGCCCGGUCGUUAACGGCGAACCCAUGGAAGAGUGUGCCGGCGCCUGCUACACACCUUACCGCUACAACUGCAACGGAACAGACCUCUCGGAGAAGCCAAGAAAGGCCAGCGGAACCUUCACCCUCACCGCCAGCAACCCUGACCAGGACUUCAGCGGCCAGCCUAUCCAAGCCUCUGGCAACCACUUCUGGGUCGGAGGACACGCUGCCACCUACUGCCCAUCGAACGUCGGAAGCAUCUGCUCCUCCUUCCCCAAUGACAUGACCCUCAUCGGCAACGGAUACAUGGCCACCGUGGUCCCGGGCGGACAAAGCAUCUAUUGGCAGAAAGACGGCGCUCUGGCCUUCACCCAAGCACACUCGUCGUCCCAGUGGAACCUCAGCUACUACGGUGGUGGCAUCGCUUACGAGGGCGGCGGUUACUUCGGACCCAACGGCGAGGACCUGGUCACUUGCCCUGUCGUUCCCCCAGGCAGCAACACGACAGCCUGGCAACUCUUCGCACGUCUGGCUGGCGUCAGCUUCUCCAGCUCGUGUGUCGGUGUGUACGCUCUCGUCCACGACCAGAACAUCACAGCCGGUGCUUGGCAGUACACCUAGAGUGGGUGUGGGACGAAAAGGCGAUCGAGGGUGGAAAGGGGUAAGGCCUGUGGGGCUACUCACGAGUAUGAGACAAUCAAGUAUGUAUACCGAGACGCACAAGAAGGAUUACGCAGGCGCGAAGGUCACUGCUGUUACAUACUUUGGUUGGAGCUUUACUAGUAGUCAGCAUCAAAUAUUACUCUGUUUUGUUACUCGAG